UAUGGCAGCUCACGCCAUUCUUCUCCGCUCCCUCCUGAAGACGAAGUGGCAAAAUGUAACUAUGGCGGAAGUAAUCAACGCUAUCAUUCUUUGUCAAGUGAGCCCACAAGAUCAGCGCAUUGAACAAGUAGCACUUGAGAAGGAUAUCAAGACCGAGGACCAAUUUCUAAGUGAAAUGAGAGUUCUCGCUCUCGCGAAGAGGCCGGCGUCUUCGACAAGUAAUACAUCAACUGGCUCUGAAACCAAACGACACAAGCUACCUGACUCCCGGAAUAAGUGCCUUUACUGUAGUAGGGUAAGGAUGGAGAAACAGAAGGAUACGCGACGCCUUGAAGGAAGCCGACCAGCUACAUCGUCCAAGGUGUUUUGCUUCAAGUGUCUUGGGAAGGAUCAUGUCGCGCCUGAUUGCCAGUUACUGCGGGAAAGAAACUAUGAUUCCAAUAACGAACGUCGAGUCGGCUCCUACGCGGUGGAGUCUCCAACUGGUAGAUUAAGUCAUCUGGGUGAGUCGUUCCCAUUUUACUUCAAUUCUGGAGCCGAUUAAUUAAAGAGUCCG